AUCUAAGCGUCAAUCUGCAUAAUUCUGAGGGACCACGCGCCGGGGACAAACUCACAUCUGCUGCUGGCUCUGCUCCCCGGAGACACGAGCGGAUCGGGUUGCGGCCGCUCCCAUUGGCGCUUGGUUUGCAGCCAUCUGCGGCCCCGCGGGCAAACAAUGGGUGCCUGCUGCCUUUAAAUACCGCGGCGUGGAGAGGGGUGUGAGUAUCAGCGAGAGCUGCAAGGGACGAGAGCUCUACUUUCUAACAGGAGAACAUACUACACGGCUACCUCGCUCUCCACAAGAGACACAGGCUGGUGACCAAAUAAAAAAGACACUUUAUUUUAUUUGUUUAUUUAUUUAUUUAUUUAUUGUUGGAAUACGGGAAAAGAAGCCAAGAUGCCGAGAGGGUUUUUGGUAAAGCGGACCAAGAAAGCCGGCCCCGUGUCUUACAGGGUACGCAGUAGUGUCGAGGAUGAAACUGCAGUGCAAAAGUUUACUUCCGUCAUCUCCUCGACGUGGGCUCGCUGCCCGGAUACCUGGGAAAGAAGCGCCGCUGCUCCUACUGCCCCUUCCGCCGCGCCUUCUUCCCUCGCUAGUCGCGGCUUGGUUAUGGCAAACACCCAGAGUGUGGAAAGCCGGAUACACUUUGGGGGGGUGCCAAAGGCCCCCUGCGCCCCGUCAUUGAGUCCAAACCGACCGGUCAGCACAGAGUACCCGCCGCAGUACCCAUCCACCGGGGGAUACCUGGACAGAAAACGCAACUCCAGCUCGCCCGUACAAGCCGAGUCUUUCCCAGAGCCGAGCCCAAAUUCAUUCACAUCGCUAGGCGGCGGACAAAUGGCUUUCCUGCCUCCCCUAGCCGACAUGGCCACCAAACUGGGCUCUGUAUGCAGUCGCGCAUCACUGUCAGAACACCCGCAAUCACUGAAGAGACGAGCCGCCGAUGAACCCAAAGCGAAACAGCCACAUUCCAAAAAAGCCAAGACUACCGCCGCCCACAGCAGCAGCGAAAGAAAGCCGAAAGACGAGGUCACCACGUCUCCGGUUUUGGGUUUACGCAUCAAGGAAGACCCCGAGGAGGAUUCCAAGCCCCGCUCCAAUACCAGCAGCCCGCUGGACAAGUUCAUCUGUCAGCUGUGCAAAGAGGGGUACUCAGACCCGCUCUCCCUGGCGCAGCACAAGUGCUCACGCAUCGUCCGAGUGGAGUACCGCUGCUCGGAGUGCGACAAGGUGUUCAGCUGUCCGGCUAACCUGGCUUCUCACAGGCGCUGGCACAAACCCCGCAGCGCCCAGCUGGCUGCCCCCUCAGAUACCCACUCGAACACAUCCUCUCCCGGGCGGCACAGCCCGCUCCUCCCGCACCCGAUCAACAAGUCCAGCCGGGAAGCCAGCACGCCAUCCCCGCAGCCUUCAGAUUCGGGCUCUGAUGAGGAGCUCGUAUUCUUUGACUGCCCGCAUUGCUCCAAGAAAUUCCGCAGACAGGCUUACCUGAGGAAGCACCUUGCCCUCCACAACAGACCGAGCGCAGUCUCACAACAGAGCCAGCAAGCGGCUGCUGAAAACAUCUUGGAGAAGAAGCCCCGACUUAACCAGGGCACCCCCCAGUUCGCCACCGCCACGGCCGCUCCCGGUCCUAUCUACCUCGGCAGAGACGCGGUACUGCAGCCCGCUGCGCCAAUGAGAAUUCUGUCUGCAGUAGUCGCAGCCCAAAUUGCAGAGGUGUACCCGUGCCGGUUUUGCUCUGAGAAGUUUUUCUCCUCUCCCGGAUUAACACGGCAUAUCAACAAGUGCCACCCCACAGAAACCAGACAAGUGAUUCUGCUAUCGCAGUCUGCUAUGUAAAACUAUAGGUAAAACCAAAAAAAAAAAAAAAAAAACACAUUUAAGACGACGUUGUGUCUGUGUUACCCUGUAGAAUUGUGUGAAACUUUCAAACACUGUUACAAAACUGCCUUAAACACAAAAAAAAAACCUUAAAAAAGAAUAAGCGACAUAUUUUGUUUAGCUUUUUUUUAUAUUCGUGUGUGUGUUUGUGAUGUGUAUGGUUCCCCACGAAAAGCUGGGGGAUAUAAAUUAUAUUAUUUAUUUAUGCUGUGCUUUUUUUGUAUGAAACAUUGUGCUGCUUUUUUGUAUUUAUGAAAAAAAGAAAACUGUGUUUUUAUUAUUUUGAAUAAGAAGCUCUUAUUUAUAUACAACAAACAAGACAAAAUACACCACCAUCCAGAUAUUCUGUACUUCUGCACAUCAUGAAAUGUUCUGGGAUAUUUAAUCAAUAAAACGAAAGAUCCCUAAUAUAA